AUGGUCUCCUCCGCCGGGUAUCGUCCCGUGCGGCAGGGCGAGACAUCCGAGGAAUCCCCUACACCCACGGAACAAGAAGCAGUCAUGGGCAAGAGACUCGGGCUCUUUCGAGCUUACUAUGUGGUGGCUCUAUGCUCGAUCGGUUCUUUUCUAUUUGCAUACGAUACUGGCAUUGUCGGAGGGGUCCUGACCCUGCCGAGUUUCCAGAAUGAUUUCCGCUACUCCAAAGCUGAGAAGACACAAGUCAAUUCAAACUGUGUCUCGAUCCUGCAAGCGGGCGCAUUCUUUGGCUGUUUCGGCAUCUGGCCCUUGACCUCGUGGUUAGGACGACGGUGGGGCUUCAUCAUCGCCUCUGCAGUCUUCUCGGUCGGAGCGAUCAUGCAAGUUGUCAACACGCAUUCCAUCGGCGUCUUCUAUGCUGGUCGGGUUAUAUCUGGCCUGGGGACUGGAGCCGCGACCGUUCUCGUCCCGAUUUUCUCGGCCGAAAUGGCCCCCAAGGAGAUCAGAGGCAAACUUGGAUCUUGUUUCCAGCUGUUGUUUGCGUGCGGUGUCACUGUCUCCUACUGGGUGGACUACGCUGCGCAAGCGGGCAUUUCCAGUGAUUCAUCCAUGCAAUGGCAAAUCCCUGUGGGCCUCCAACUCGUGCCAGGUGUUUUCCUCGGUCUGGGUAUGAUCCUGGUCAAGGAAUCUACCAGAUGGCUUGCCAAGAAAGGCCGCAACGAAGAGGCCUACGCGUCUUUGCUGUGGGUUCGGGGCGGCGUGGAUGGUCCGGAGAUCAGAGCUGAAUUUUCCGAGAUCCUCGCUGGAAUCGAGCUCGAACUCGUCGAGUCUGAAGGACUCACCUGGAAGGAGCUAUUGCUCCCAUCCAACCGAUUCCGCAUGAUCAUCGCCAUCACCAUCCAGCUCGCUCAACAAUUGACAGGAAACACGUCGCUUGCCUACUACGCACCCCAGAUCUUCGCCACCAUCGGGGCAGGAAACAAGACCAUGUUCAUCACCGGGUUCUUUGGGAUCAUCAAGAUAGCUGGAGUGGCAGUCUUCCAACUCUUCCUGGUCGAACGCAUCGGCCGAAGGAUCCCCUUUAUGGGUGGUGCUUUUGCCAUGGGCAGUUUCAUGCUCAUCAUCGCGUUGAUCGUGGCCACCCACCCCCCAAAGCCUUCAGCUACCGGGAUCACCUCUUCUGGAGCGGCAGGCAUUGCCAUGGUGUACCUGGAGGCUUUCUCCUUCAAUAUGUCCUGGGGUCCACUGACAUGGUUGUACAUCGGAGAGAUCUUCCCCAGUCGCAUCCGGGAGAUUGGGGUGGCCACGGGUGCCGCCAGUCAAUGGUUGUUCAACUUUGUCAUGAGCCAGAUCACUCCUCAUGCCAUUGCCAACAUUGGAUGGCGGACGUUCCUGAUGUUUGCCAUUUUCAACUACGCCAUCAUCUUCUACAGUUACUUUCUGAUCAAGGAAACCAAGGGUAAGUCGCUGGAAGAGAUGGAAGUGGUCUUUGGCACGGUUGACCGCCUGCCUAGUAAAGAUGUCGACGAGUUGGAAGCGCAGGCUGAAGACGACAGGCCUAUUGAGAUUCACGACACGACGAAAUAA